AUGUACACGCAUCCAGAGUUCGACUCGAAAACCACGGGCAAGGAAGUUGUAACAGCGUUCGGCAACGAGCAAGUCAAGGGCAAAACCUUUGUCAUAACAGGACCCAGUGAGGGUACAAUUGGGGGCGAAACAGCUGUUAGCCUCGCUCAUGGCUCGCCAAAGCACAUGAUCCUCGCGGGACGGUCGGAGAAGAAGAUCAGCCCCGUCAUUCAGCGUAUCAAGGAGAUCAGCCCUUCGACAAAGGUGGACUUCGUUCAGCUUGACCUCUCCGAACCCAAGGCGGUCGUGACUGCCGCAAAGACUGUUGCAAGCCUUACAGACCGAAUUGAUGCGCUGCUCAACAACGCAGGAAUCAUGUGUUUGAAGGAUUACACGACCAACUCGCUGGGCAUCGAAUUGCAGUUCGCCACGAACCAUCUUGGCCACUUCGUGUUCACGAACGAGCUGCUGCCCCAGAUCAUCAAGGCCAAGGGUCGGGUUGUCAACACCUCAAGCAACGGAUAUGGAGUCUCGCCUGUUCUUUUUGACGAUCCCAGCUUUGCCAAUGGGAAGACUUACCAUCCAUGGAUCGCGUAUGGUCAGUCGAAGACAGCAAAUAUCCUCUUCACCUUGUCCCUCGCGGACAGACUCAAGGAGCAAGGUGUCGCGAGUUUUGCUCUCAAUCCUGGUCUGAUCCUUGAGUCUCACUUGCAAGAUGCUGUGACACCAGAUAUGUUUGCUCAAGGUGUGGCAUUGUACACCGAAGUCUAUGGUGCAAGGGGCAGGGACGUGCCUACUCUGGAUCCACCCAAGCCUCUUGCAGCGGCUGCAGGAACCACGCUCGUAGCCUUACUCGACCCGGCCAUUCGGGAUCGCUCCGGAGGGUUCAUUUCGGAUUGCAAAUUCAGGGACGACUUGGAGGACUACGCAACAGAUGCGAAACAAGCUGAGCAGUUGUGGGAGCUGAGCGAGAAGCUCGUGGGCAAAAAGUACUAA